AUGGGAAAAGGGGACCAGGUCGCGCGCUCCGCCGAGAGGCGCGCGUUCGUCAGCAUCGAGGAGGCAUCCGACGCUCCCGAGGGCGCCGACGACAAGGGAUACGCGUGCAAAGCCUGCGGGGAGCUGCUCAUCAACUCUGGCCCUGCUGGUAGGAUCAGGUGUCGCCGCGAGCGCCGGGCGGAGAAUGUGUCGGAGAAGUCGUUCUCAACGACGAGUCAUUCGACCUUCGCGGAAUUGAGCCAUCAAGGACAGGGCUUGCGGCAGCGCCUGGGAGCGGCGCCCGAGUCCUCGGGCCUGUCGGGCUGGUGCGGCGCCAGCCUGCUGCUGUCGGCGUGCCGCCUGCAGCGGAGGCCGCCGCGCCACGGAGGUGCGGCGGCCCGGUGGGCCGCCGCCAGGGCGCCUAGGCGCAGCCCGCGCAGAGCCCCAGUGGCGCCUGUGGAGGUCCAGGACCCGCCCCAGCCGCCACCGGCGCUACCAGCCAGCGCGAAUGAGCUUAGGCCGCCCUCACCCUCUCCGCUGCCACCCCUGCCAGCGGCGAGGGCUGCGCCUUUGCCGAGUGCAAAGGCAGCGCCGCUGCCACCGCUGCCCGCUGCUAAUUCGGCGCCUGCGGCGAAAGCGGCGCCCCUGCCGAGUGCAAACGCAGAGCCGCCGCCGCUGCCGCCGCUGCCGGUGGCCAAGGCGGCGCCGCUGCCGACCGCGAAGGCGGCGCCUCUGCCGAGUGCGAAGGCAGCGCCCCUGCCGACAGCGAAGGCGGCGCCUCAGAGCCUCGGCGCACCCCCGCCGCCGCCGCUGCCGCCGCUGCCGGUGGCCAAGGCAGCGCCGCUGCCGACCGCGAAGGCGGCGCCUCUGCCGAGUGCGAAGGCGGCAGCGGCGCCGUUGCCGACCGCGAAGGCGGCGCCUCUGCCUAGUGCGAAGGCGUCGCCCCUGCCGACAGCGAAGGCGGCGCCUCAGAGCCUCGGCGCACCCACGCCGCCGCCGCUGCCGCCAGUCCCGGUGGCCAAGGCAGCGCCGUUGCCGACCGCGAAGGCGGCGCCCCUGCCGAGUGCGAAGGCGGCGCCCCUGCCGACAGCGAAGGCGGCGCCUCAGAGCCUCGGCGCACCCCCGCCGCCGCCGCUGCCGCCGCUGCCGGUAGCCAAGGCGGCGCCGCUGCCGACCGCGAAGGCGGCGCCUCUGCCUAGUGCGAAGGCAGCGCCCCUGCCGACAGCGAAGGCGGCGCCUCAGAGCCUCGGCGCACCCCCGCCGCCGCCGCUGCCGCCGCUGCCGGUGGCCAAGGCAGCGCCGCUGCCGACCGCGAAGGCGGCGCCUCUGCCGAGUGCGAAGGCAGCGCCCCUGCCGACAGCGAAGGCGGCGCCUCAGAGCCUCGGCGCACCCCCGUCGCCGCCGCUGCCGCCGCUGCCGGUGGCCAAGGCAGCGCCGCUGCCGACCGCGAAGGCGGCGCCUCUGCCGAGUGCGAAGGCGGCAGCGGCGCCGUUGCCGACCGCGAAGGCGGCGCCUCUGCCUAGUGCGAAGGCGGCGCCCCUGCCGACAGCGAAGGCGGCGCCUCAGAGCCUCGGCGCACCCCCGCCGCCGCCGCUGCCGCCAGUCCCGGUGGCCAAGGCAGCGCCGUUGCCGACCGCGAAGGCGGCGCCCCUGCCGAGUGCGAAGGCGGCGCCCCUUCCGACAGCGAAGGCGGCGCCUCAGAGCCUCGGCGCACCCCCGCCGCCGCCGCUGCCGCCGCUGCCCGUAGCCAAGGCGGCGCCGCUGCCGACCGCGAAGGCGGCGCCUCUGCCUAGUGCGAAGGCAGCGCCCCUGCCGACAGCGAAGGCGGCGCCUCAGAGCCUCGGCGCACCCCCGCCGCCGCCGCUGCCGCCGCUGCCGGUGGCCAAGGCGGCGCCGCUGCCGACCGCGAAGGCGGCGCCCCUGCCAUCAGCCAGCGACGCGCCAGCAGCUGUUGCCAAGUCGGCGUCCGAGGGCUUCGACCUGCCCCCGCUGCCGCCCCUGCCUCCGCUGCCCGACCAAGAGGUGGCAGCGGCACCAGCGGUGGCUCGGCCCUACGUCCCGAAGGCGGCAGCGGCCCGGCCAGCGCAGGCCACCGCCAGCGCGGCGCCCGUGGCAGCCGCGGCGGCGCCCCUGCCCUCGGCCAGGGCGGCACCGCUGCCGACCGCAGGGACGGCACCUCCGUCGCCUGCGGCGGGGGCGGCGCCUCCUGGCGCACCCCCACCGCCGCCGCUGCCGCCGCUCCCAGCGGCGAAGGCGGCGCCGUUGCCCUCGGCCAGCGACGCGCCGGGUGCCGUCGCUGCCGAAGCGGUGCCCAGGGCCCUCGACCUGCCCCCGCUGCCUCCGCUGCCGCCCCUGCCGCCGGCGAUGGCGGCGUUGGCCCGGCCUGCCGAGCUGGCGAGGGCGGCGCCGCAGGAUGCUGACGCUGAGCUGCAACCAGAACCAGACGUGCCUCUUCCCGAGUCUCCCAGGCCCGCCGAGCUGCUGGCCGCGGCCGUGGACGCCGCGCUGGCGGCCGGGGAGGCGGUGCUGGCGGGCGAGGGCGACUGCAGCGCCAGGCUGCAGGAGCACAUCGCCCGGGCAUUUCCCGACCACAUUUUCGAGGCCGGCGAUGCCCCGGGGGAACCGCGCUGGCGCUGGGUUCUCGAGGACGGCUCGCCCGCCGGACAGCCGGCGGAGGCGGUGUCGCUGGCGGCGUGCUGGGGCACCGAGGGCGACGCCCGGGCGCACGUGAGCGUCGUCUACGACCCCUCCCGCGACGAGCUCUUCUCCGCGCUCGAGGGCCGCGGCGCGGAGCUGAACGGGCGCGCCCUGGGCCUCGGCGGGGGUGCGGGCGCGCUGCGGGAGGCGCUGGUCGGCACCGAGCCGACGCAGGACCCGGCAUUGGCAGAGCGCUGUUUGCGCGCCCUCUGCAGCCUUGCGCCACCAGCUGUUCUUGGUGUGCGGAUGCUGGGCAGCCCAAGCUUGAGCUUGGCAUGGGUGGCCAGCGGCCGGCUGGGUGCCUUCUUCGGGCUGGGCGGCGCUGGCUGUGGCGCCGCGGGGGCGCUGCUCGUCAAGGAGGCCGGCGGCGUGGUGACCGACUGCCAGGGCGCGCGGCCGAGCCGGCGCAGCCUGCUGGAGGGCGGGCCGCUGUGCGCUGCGGGCGGCGCCCAGGCCCACGGCGAGCUCGUGGAGGUGCUGCGCAGCAACCUGUGAGCGCGACCCUUCCCCCCCUCCCCCCUCCACGCGGCGGCGGGCGAGCGGACCGGGAGAAGGAGGGGCGUCUCUCCUCCCUCCUCCUCCUCCUCCUCCCUCCUCCUCCUCCUACCUUUUCCU